AUAUUAUUUUCUUACUUAAUUUGUUUCUCUACAACUCGCAGUUGGAAGGAUAAAGAUGAUAAAGACUCAUCAAGCCAGAAGACCCCCAGUCAUCACAGGAGACCUGGACUUUUUGGAAUGCUCCAUUUUGUCAUCUUGACGGGGUUGCUGGCUAUAGUGGGCUCCCGAGUUGCCGCCCUGGUGGUACUAGAGUUUUGUCUUCGAGGUGUCUCUGGAUUGUUUACUGCAGGACAAGAGUACAAGAAAUUUCUGCAGCAGCUGUUAGUCCAAAGCCAGUUCUCUCUAGGUUGCGCCCUGAGCUGCAGUUUGUCCUUUCUGCACAAGGGGGCGUCGCAUAGCUGGCUCUGCCUGCUCCUGGCAGCAGCACUCAGCUGGUUCCUGGCUCGGCAGGCCACAUGGCUGCUGCACCACGUCCUGGCUCUGUAUAAACUCCACAGCUCACAGCGCUACUGCGGCAUUUGCAUCAGCCUGCUCACAUCAGGCCGCAGCCUGCUGCCCAUGCUGUGCAGGACUAUGGUCAUCACUUUCUCUGUGGCUGUGGUGGCCGCUGUAUCAAUCAUCAAUCAACACUUCCUCUCUGCAACAGAGGCCCUCAGGUUUUGGACGCCACUUACUAUCUGCUACACACUCUUGGUUGUGUACAUGCAGGGUGAGAAACAUUCAAAAGGGAUCAGAGGUUAUGUUGUAACAGUC